CUGCAAGUGGACAGUCUUUGCACCUGUUGGAUAUAAAGUAAAGGUUGAAGUUCAAACUAUUUCUAUGGAGUACGAUUCAUCAUGUUCUAAUGACUACGUGCUCUUCACAGAUGGUUCCACGGCUUAUGCCACUCAGUUGGGUAAAUACUGUAGUGACGUCACCGGCUACAUCGUCAGCUCCCGCAACGCCAUGACCAUCACUUUCAGCACUGACAGUUCUGUCACAGACAAAGGAUUUUUUCUGAAAUACAUUGCGUUGACGAAAGUGUGUGGCGAAAAUGAUAUGAUAAGCUAUGAGACAAAAUAUAUUGAAUCACCGAAUCAUCCUCUGUCCUAUCCCGACAAUGCGGACUGUGAGUGGACAAUCAGCACAUCCAUUGACGGAUAUGUAAUCCAUGUUGAAGUAGAGUAUUUCAACAUUGAGUACGACAGCACGUGUUCCUAUGAUUAUGUACAACUCUAUGAUGUCACGAGUUAUGAAAGCUCGAUCGGUCGAUGGUGUGGAAGAGAUGGACCAAAUACACAGACUACAGGACAGACAAUGAAGGUUCAAUUCCACUCCGAUGGUUCGACUUCCCGUUCGGGAUUUAAGUUGUCCUUCACUGCCGGCGUACCAACAUAUGACUCUGCCGCGUCCACGAACAUCGCAGCCAUACUGGGAGGUGUGUUUGGCGGUAUCACAGCUGUGGGUAUUGCAACCUGCUGCUGCUGUGGACUUUGUUCCAGGAAGAAAUCCAGUCCCAACGACCAACAGCAGAGGAAUAGAUCAUAUGAAGGCACCGUCUAUUUCAUCAACGCCCCCAGCAACCCGCAAUCUACGCCUACUGCUUCUAUUGCUCUGCCGUUCAUGUUUCCACCACCUCCUUCUUACAAUGAUGUCGUGAAGGAUGACUCCCCACCAUAUUGUCAGGCAGUUCCACUAUCAGACAUACAGCCUGUUGUGACGUCAUCCCAUAGCCGUGCAUCUGAGCAUCAAGGGAUAGAUAACCCAGCAGGCCCCAGUUGAGUGACAGUGUCACAUGACGUACAUGUUUAUAAUACUGGAGAAAACAGAACAAUACACCUUCGUGUAUGCUCAUGCAGUGUCUUCAUCCUUGUAACUCUUUUUACAGGGAUGUUUAUGUUGUUGUUCUUUUGUUAAAAACUGUUAUUUGAUGAUCAUUUAAUGCUAAAAAUAAAUAGCCUUCAGUUGUGGGCAAUCUAUAG